AUGAUUUCCGACACGGAUCUCCACCGUCUUGCUAUGUUUCUCGGCUCCUGCGCCAUGAUGAUGGUCGUCCUUUACCACUUCCUUGAAGUCAACGCCCAAGACGAUGAAAGCGUUGAAGACAGUUCUGUUGCGGGUACCGUGAAGGGCUCUGGAGACGCCAAAUCCGCGCCUAUUGCUGCCAGCGCCGGUGGACGAGCUACUGCCACUACAAGUUCGGCGGAUGCGACGUCGCGGAAGAGUAGGUAG